UUGAACAAAAAAAUAGCAUAGUAAGUGUGAACUGAAUUGAAGCUAAUGGGAGUCGUGGGCCACUCUUAUUUGGAAUUUUGGGGUAUGCCUCUCACAAGCAAUCUCUAACGCUUUCGGUGUUUUUUUUGGACUGUUUGUUCUCUCAAACUCUAUAAAUGACUCCAUUUCCCACCAUUUCUACUCUACUCUUCUCUAAUCUACUCUCCCCUUCUUCCUCCUCUUUUUUUUCAAUUUUUUUAUCUCUGUUUGGCUCUUAAGUUCAGCCAAAAUAUAGAUACUUCAAAAUCCAAUAUACUCGAUACUUUAAGCAAUUCUGGAUGAUUUUGGCUUCUGGGUAUUUUAAUAGGUUCCAAUUUUGGAAGUUCUAAGUAGCUAGUAAAAGGGUAUUUUUUUAAGUGGAUAUUUUGGAGUUAAACAGUUUGACUGUUGACUUUAAGCAAUAUCUGUUUCUGGGUAUUGCUAAUAAUUUGUUAAGUUUUCUUUUUUUGUUUUGGGUCUUUUUUUGGGAUAUAAUAUUUAGAGGAGGGUGGUGGGGGUGAUUUAAACAUUACCUAUACUGCAUUGUUUGAAAGACAAUGAUUCUGCUGUACAACAGGAACAUAAUAUGGAAGUUUUACUCAAUUCUUGAUAAGAAAUCAACUGUUUCUAAAAGCUUUUACUUUUGGAUCUUCCAGAUCUUUAAUAGAUACAGUUUAGGUACUUAGCAAAACUAAAGAGUCACCCAAGUUUCACAUCAUUCCUCAUAUAAUCUUUUCAAGCUUGCUUUCUGUAACAAUCUCUAUUGUUUUCUCAAUUUGCUGCUAUUCUAUUUUUAAGAAAAUCUGAUAGUUAGUGAGAUUUAUGAUCAUGGGAGGGGCAUCACUGCCUCCUGGUUUUCGGUUCCACCCAACUGAUGAGGAAUUGGUGGGAUAUUACCUGAAAAGAAAAGUGGAGGGGCUCGAAAUUGAGCUUGAAGUUAUCCCGGUCAUCGAUUUGUACAAGUUUGACCCCUGGGAAUUGCCUGAGAAAUCAUUCCUUCCAAAACGAGAUAUGGAAUGGUUCUUCUUCUGUCCAAGAGACAGAAAGUACCCGAAUGGCUCCAGAACAAACAGAGCUACUAAAGCUGGCUACUGGAAGGCCACUGGGAAGGACAGGAAAGUUGUCUGUCAAUCUAGUAGUGUAACUGCAUACAGAAAGACCCUUGUCUUCUACUGUGGACGUGCUCCUUUAGGAGACCGAACAGACUGGAUCAUGCACGAGUAUCGCCUCUCAGAUGAUUUUACUCAAGGCGGGCCUAGUUUUCAUGGUGCCUAUGCUUUGUGUCGAGUUGUGAAAAAGAAUGAGAAUGGACAGAAACUCAAUGAUUGCCUUGGAGAACCAAAGGGCAAGAAGAUUGGAAGCAGCUCAAGUCAUGGGGAUUUCACUUCAGCAAGGCUUCUCUUGAAUGAGCCCUUGGGAAUCUCUGGUGAGGCUUCGUCUCACGCAAGCUACCAGCACAACGAGAGUCAAUACUCAAGUCCUAUAACUUCUCCAAAUGAAGUCACUCGUGCAGCAGACUUUGAGCCAUCAGUGACAGAGACAAAUCCUGCAAGCUUCUGGGUCUCACCUGACUUAAUUUUAGAUUCGUCAAAGGACUAUCCACAACUUCAAGCAGCUAUCCCUGAUUACUUUGGACAAUAUGAGUGUCCAAGCUCAGUGACACCAUGGCAGUCAUAUGAACACUCAGAGAUUUCACCUAGUUCAUCAUACUCAAAUUUAAAUGGAGGAAUUGAACUUUCUGAUAAUCUUAAUCAAAUUGGCUGUGUGUCACCUUACCCUGGAAAUACAACUUACAUGGACUUUUAUGGAAAUGAAGUUAUGGAAUAUGAAGGUUAUGGCCAGACCAACUCAAUGAGCUAUAUGCAACCAUUCUAAUAAGCAGAAAAGAGGUCAUCUUGACUCUUUUCCAGUGCAGGGUGUGACAAUUGGGACAAAGCUUCAAUUUGCAGGAAGUUUUGGGGUGACUUUGUAGUAGUCUAUGAAUGCAAGAAGACAAUAUGAUCAUUGUGAGGGAGGAGUAGCCAGAGUAGCAUUAACCAACUGGGGAGAUGAACUACUGUUUCAUCUAGGAAUGGCCCGAGACAACGCAUUUUAAAGUUGGUUCUUGGUAAUAGUAGAGAAAAUAAUUGAGUAUAAACCACUUCAUAUCUAUUAAGCUGAAGUAGUUUUAUUUUGCUUUUUUUUUUGUUUCUGUAACAAAGGCAGUCUCUUUUAAUUUCUUUCGAGUCAGGCUGCCUACGUAUCCUUGUUGUUCCUUGUUUCUGUCUUUAUAUGUUCACUUUGUACCAGGUGAAAUCACUUUUAUCGAUUGCACCUGUAGUUGGUUUUUGGAGUAAUCUAUAUGGUGAAUAAAUUUGGCUUCUUUGCAUUAAAGCUACACUUUAUAUGUAUUUGAGGGCAUUUUCAUGUUA